CUAUUCAUUCCUCCCCCUUUUACCCGUGACUCGCGCAGCGCGUCCCCCCGUUACCUUCUCAGCGACGCCACAGAGACACUUUGCCUUCUACCAACGAACACACAGAAGGACAACAACAACAAAAAAAAGAGACAAAGAAACACCCACUAUUUCCUUCGCACAUUCACAGCGAGGACCGAAUAACUGAGAUAAAUCCUCGACUGCGACACGAGCGAGAGGCUGAACAUCCGCCCGCUCCUCCAUCCGGGGGCGAUCCACCCAGAAGCUUUCCCCCCCUCUCCACCAAAGGGCCGACAUGAAAACUAAAUUCAUCAACGGGGUUUCGUCCUCGCCCUCGCUGUCGCUGGACAUCCUGGUGACCGAGAACGCGCUGCAGGUCCAGCCCGCCACCGAGGAGGACUGCGGCGGGGAGCCGGACGGGGCCGACCGGCCCGACCCGGACGCCCGCCGCCAGGCGCAUCUGUGGUGCCGGGAGUUCCUGCACGGCGCGUGGAAGAGCGUGGCCGAGGACGAGUUCCGCAUCGCCGUCAUAAGGGGCGGUCUGAGCAACAAGCUCUUCCUGUGCAGCCUCCCCGACGGCCUGGACACUGUCGGGGACGAGCCCCGGAGCGUCCUGCUGCGCCUCUACGGGGCCAUCCUGCAGAUGUCCUGUAACAAAGGGGAUUCUCGACAGUCAAACAAAGAAAAUCUCUUCCAGGGCGCGGAGGCCAUGGUGCUGGAGAGCGUGAUGUUCGCCAUUUUGGCGGAGAGGGAGCUGGGGCCCAAACUCUACGGCAUCUUCCCCCAGGGCCGCCUGGAGCAGUACGUCCCUAGUCGCAAGCUGGACACGCGUGAGCUCGCCGACGCCGGCAUCUCCGCCGAGGUCGCCGAGAAGAUGGCCCAGUUUCACGCCAUGAGGAUGCCCUUCAACAAGGAGCCCAAGUGGCUCUUUGGGACUAUGGACAAGUACCUGAGCCAGGUCAUGAGGCUGAAGUUCACCAGAGAGUCUCAGCUGCGCCGCUUCAACCGCCUGCUGGGCUACGACCUGCCGAAGGAGAUGGAAAUGCUCAAGUCUCUUCUGGAGUCCACGCGCUCUCCCGUUGUCUUCUGCCACAACGACUGUCAAGAAGGAAACGUGCUGCUGCUGAAGCGCGGCCGGAGCUCCGACAAGCAGAAGCUCAUGCUGAUCGACUUUGAGUACAGCAGCUACAACUACAGGGGAUUCGACAUCGGCAACCACUUCUGCGAGUGGAUGUACGACUACAGCUGCGAGGAGAGCCCCUUCUUCAAAGUGGACGCUCAGGCGUACCCCUCGAAGGCCCAGCAGCUGCACUUCAUCCGGAGCUACCUGCGCGAGUCCCACCGGGGGUUCGGCGGCCUGAGCGAGGGGGAGCAGCUGGAGCUGAUGGAGCAGCUGCACGUGGAGGUCAACAGGUUCUCCCUGGCGUCACACUUCUUCUGGGGCUUGUGGUCCACCAUCCAGGCUCGGCUGUCCACCAUCAAGUUUGGGUACCUGGAGUAUGCCCAGGCCAGAUUUGACGCCUACUUCCAGCAGAAGAAGAUCUGGGCGGUGUAAUGGAGCCGCGCCGUUGGACGGGACCUGAACAUGCAAGACCGAGAGAGACUCCACCCUCUGCGCUUUCCUCCUGCAGGGGGGGGGGGGGGGGGUCUGCUGGCUACUGUUGGUGUGUUGACCAAAUGCCAAAACUUGAUCACGCGGUGCUUAAAAGGUACACCCCUUACCCUAAAAAAAAAGAAGACCAUUGCCGUUCGAAGUUUACACUGCUCCUCCCCCUCCCCUGAAAAACAAACACAAAAUACAAAAACCCCCCCUAACCUGUACUAACCUCCAUCGCUGCCCUCCGCUUCUGCCUGGGUGGGACCAUAUCACUAACACAAGGGUUGCUCGGGGAGGAGCUGCAGCUGGAUUGGAAGUGUUGACAUUGCAUCAAUGUGUCUGUAUUGCUCAUUCCCAUUGUGGAAACGCUCGGUUGGAAAUAACCAAAAUGUGAACCGCUCUUGCUAGAUUGCUGCUCGCGAAAAGCGGUCAGUCGCUGGAUAUGUAUAUUAUAUAUAGACCUCGACGUGCCGGUAACCGGGCGCUGUCUCCUACUGUUUACUGGUGUGAUCGUGAAAUUGAUCGACAGGUCGGAGUGAUAUCUACACUUGUAGAUAUUAGAAGCUUUCUUCUUGUCAGAUUUUCUUUUCUUUUUUUUGCAAUCGUCGUAUUUGGGAUUUCCUUCAGACCAAAUCCGAUUAUGUGGUAUUUCCAAGUAUGAGAAGAGGUUCCUUUUAGUUGGGGGGGGGGCUGGUUAAACGUUAAAACAUCGGGUAUCUUCACUGCUUUUAGGUCUGGUUCUUGGUGGCUUCCCAACUAAUAAUUCUGUGACUCUCUAUCAACCCGUUUGGAUUUCUGCUGACUCGCUGUGUAGUUUACACAUUAGGUAUUGACAUCAGCACUUCUUAUUUAGCCAAAAAGACAUUCCAACCACGCUUCAUAAGCCUGGGAAAUCGUUGCUUAGCAGCCAGGUAACCCUACGGCUUUUUUUUUAACUUACUUUUACAUUCUUAUUAUACUAUAUUUCAUUGUUGCACUGAAGGAAACAUGUGAAACCGUGGUAAUGUUUUCUUUGGUGUUACUGGGCUAUUUGGCACAAGUGCCUACUGCUAUUGUCGUAGUGAGUUGCUCGCUUAGACAAAAUGUGCAAUUUUACUUUGUUAAAGAGAAAUUGUUGGGAGAGCUGAGUCCAAUCAAACCUUUUCAGUUAGACACAUACACUCAUUUUAUGGCCACUGUCUGGAUGCACCUGUAACAAAGGGAAGAAGUGUGCACUCUGUGUCCUCACGUCGCGUUUCUCUGCUGGGCGAACUGUCCCAUGUCCAGGCACUACGUGUUCAAGCACAUCAAAACGUCUCUUUUAAGGGACACCCACACGUUGUUAUUGAGCAAAACAUCCUACAAUAUUAAGUAGCAGUGUGUCCUUAAACAAUACAAUCGUCCUGCACUCAUUUCCACUUUUGGGUUUGGCCGCUUUGGCGCGUGACGCGUUCGUUUCCAAAUUUCUGUUGGUUUGGAUUCACGGACGCAUCCCCCAUCACGCGUCUCAAACGGACGGAUUCGCGACACCUUAAGAGCUUUGAUUUGAGUUCGCCGUCGUCGUCGCUCGGCGCCAUCUGUCACGAUUAGCAUUCCUCUUUCCACCCUGAUGGAUAACAGCGGCAAUGAGCUAGCCGCCUAGCUAGCCACUACAGUAGCAGUAUAUAACAGAUUUCACCAGAAAUGCUAAUAGUAGCAGCAAACUGUUCCAUGCUACAACCACAUGUUUUGCAUUUUAUAUAUUGCACCUCGUGAAGAAAACCAGACUAAACAGCCCACUGGGCAUCGAGGUUUGACCGGCUGUCGCUAGUCAGCUAAUUUUCAUUGUUUCCAGAUCAAUCUUUUUAGCCUCUAUAAAAAAAAAAGUAUAUUUUAAAUAUGCACUUUACCACUUCAAACAUUGCGUUCGAUUUGCAUUUUAUUUGCUCAAAAAAGCCCCCAGCGUGUAAAAGGUCUUGUUUGGCUACUUAGCUCACAUACUUGUUUGUAUCCCCCCCAAAGAUGAAAGCUCUCCUGGUGCGCUUAGCAACCAUGACACUUCCAUUGGGCCACGUUGCCGGGUCACAGUUUGAACAUCCAACAAAGACCAGGACAGAGCUGCUACCGUUUAAAACUCUUAAUAUUACCCCAAUACUACGCGGCCUGUGUGCUAGCAGUGAACACGCUCUUGUUUCUGAUUGGACAAUCACUGUUUGGGUUUCGGAUCCAGCAAGUCAAUUGAAAAACAACAUAUUUGCUUUAGGUAGUUUUUAAGUAAUACUGCAUGGAAAUAUCACCGUCGAUGCUCGUUUUCCACAAAGUGUUGGAUUGGAUAUUUCAUGCAGACCUGAGCACUGGCAUUUAGUGUGGAAGCAACCAAGUGACCUUUGUUAACUAAACCGAACCCAACACUAGUCGCGCUGUUACAGGAACCAUCCCGAAGUGUUAGAAUGUCUACUGAGGCACUUUUGAUCGGAAUACAUUUACUUUAGUGUUUUCACGUGUGAAACAUUUGAAGGUUGUGGAACUGUGACUCUUAGUUUAAUUUUACAUGCAAGUGAAUUUAUUGUAUUUUUCAUUGUGAUGUUUCUUUGGAUUUACUGUAUAGUUAGAUUUUAUUUUGCGACUCCGCGUGUCGUGGAUUAUACUCAUGGUGUACUCAAAAAGAGUUACGGCUGCAUUUCCUUCUCUAGCAAUAGUCUAAUUUAGUAUCUGUUAUUUUUUACCAUUCAGUGUCUCUUUCUUCUACCGAACUUAACACUAAGUUUUGGUUUUUAAUCUAUUAAAUAUAUUUGUCCUGACUUCACUCUCGUUUUCGUCCCUUUACAUGAUUUCCACGAUUUAGUUAUAUCAAAAAUGGCCACUACGAUCUGUACCUUCGAUCAAAAUAACAUUUUGAUUGGUUCCAACUAAAUUGUGGAAAAGUAAAGAACAAACAAACUCGCUUCUGUUUAUACAUGUUAUUAAAUAUAUGUAUCAUUCCCUGACAAAAAUACAGAGGGUCAUGCAAAAAAAAUAUCCAAAUGAAGAAUUUUCAUUCUUAAUGAAUGUACAUAGUGUUAAAAUUAACAAACAUUUUGUUAUGUGAAAGCACCCACAGCUACAGCGUCAUGUGACUCACACUGGUAACCGUUGCUCUCUAUGCAGUUAUACUGAACGCUUACGUACUCAUGGAAACAUAACGGCAAAGCCUUUUGGGUGAAUUGCAGCAGCGUAGAAAAGACUUUGGCUGUAAAUGUACUUUUCUGCUCUGCACCAACAAGAAAUAAAAGAGAAAACAACUCGCU